GAGGACUACUUUCCAGUUGCAGGGUCGAAGGAGUGAAGUCAGCAGCCAGCCAUGGCAGAAUGCUUGCAAUUUUUUUGCUCUUUCCAAGGCCGAAGCUCCAGGGAGGCAACCAAGGACCGUAACCCGGUUCUCCUCGUUUCUGGCAUGGGAGGCUCCAUUCUUCAUUCUAGGCCCAAGAAAUUCGGGUUUCAGUCUCGGGUAUGGGUUAGGAUUCUUCUUGCUGAUUUGGAGUUCAGAAAGAAGCUAUGGUCCCUCUAUAAUCCCCAGACAGGUUACGCAGAAACAUUAGACAAAAACACUGAAAUUGUUGUCCCUGAAGAUGAUUAUGGUCUGUACGCAAUCGAUAUUUUAGAUCCAUCAUUGGUGGUAAAAUGUGUGCAUUUGACUGAGGUGUACCAUUUUCAUGAUGUGAUUGACAUGCUUGUUAGAUGUGGAUACGAGAAGGGAACCACAUUGUUUGGAUAUGGUUAUGAUUUCCGGCAAAGCAAUCGAAUCGAGAAGUUGAUGGAAGGGCUUAGAGUCAAGUUGGAAACUGCUUACAAAGCCUCUGGUGGAAGAAAAGUUGAUAUAAUUUCGCAUUCAAUGGGAGGAAUACUGAUAUUGUGUUUCAUGUCGCUUCACAGUGAUGUAUUUUCAAAAUAUGUGCGAAAGUGGAUUUGUAUUGCUUGUCCUUUCCAAGGAGCCCCAGGAUGCAUCAAUGAUUCUUUAUUAACUGGACUGCAAUUUGUUGAUGGUUUUGAAAGCUACCUUUUUGUAUUAAGGUGGACUAUGCAUCAACUGCUAGUUGAAUGUCCAUCAAUCUAUGAGAUGCUGGCGAAUCCGGAAUAUAAAUGGAGAAAACAGCCAGAAAUUCAAGUAUGGCGAAAGCAUACCAAGGAUGGGGAGAUUAAUGUCAAUUUGGACUCUUAUGGACCAAAUGAGAGUAUAUCUUUAUUUGAGGAAGCGCUGAGGCACAACGAGCUAAAUUAUGAUGGAAAAACAAUAGCACUGCCCUUUAACUUAGCUAUCCUCAAAUGGGCUGCUGAAACUCGUCAAGUCAUAUGCAAUGCUAAACUACCAGAUGGUGUCUGCUUUUAUAAUAUUUAUGGAACAUCGUUUGACACACCCUUUGAUGUUUGUUACGGCUCAGAAAAAUCUCCUAUAGAAGAUUUAUCUGAAAUAUGCCACACAAUGCCGCAAUAUUCAUACGUCCAAGGGGAUGGAACAGUGCCUGCUGAAUCAGCCAAGGCUGAUGGACUUCCAGCAGUUGAAAGAGUAGGAGUUACUGCUUCUCAUCGUGGACUCCUACGAGAUAAAAGAGUAUUUCAACUCAUCCAAAAAUGGCUGGAUGUUGAGCCAACGGUUAGCAACCCAUCAAAGUUAUCCAGAGUGGCGGAUGCCAGUCCACUCAACCCUCUGAUUAAUUAGAUGCUUUCUUAUUGAACAUGGCACAUGCUUCCCUAUGGGGUUGCAGGUUUUGUCCCAGUCCUUGCCUUGGACCGGUGCAAUUAAUUCUACAAAUUAUAGAUCUUGUACAUAGAGCAAGAUUUAUAGUCAUUGAAGUACGAACCGUUUUCUGUAUAUACUCCUGAGACCAGAGUCCCCAUGCUGAGAAUAAUAGCGAAUCAAAACAAAAUCUUAAUUCCCUUCUUGUUGCCUUAUUUGCGAAACCAUAAAUAUAUUAUCUAAUGAAACCUGUCUGGAAGGUUCAUAGUUGCUUGACCAGAACAAAA